CCUCCCUCCCUCUCCCCGGCAGCCGCUCAGCCGGUCCCUCCGACCUGGCAGCCUCAUGCUGGGGGCCGCUGCCGGCUGGGGUUGAGCGAGCGCUGCCUGCCCUGCCUGUGCUGCCCGCCCUGCCCGCCCCCCGGGCCCGGCUCCCCUCGCCACCCGGCUCCCCGGCACUGCCGCCGCCCCGCCGAUAAAAAGUUGUUGGGAGCGCCGAGGAUGGGAGCGCAUCUGCAGCCUCUAGCCCUGCGGCUUCUGGCUUUGACUUUCCCCUUGGUGGCGAAGGGUUUUUCUGACGAAACCUUGGAGAAAGCCGCGAAAUCCGAGGGAUAUUGCAGCCGGAUCCUGCGAGCCCAAGGCACCAGGAGGGAAGGGUAUAAUGAAUUUAGCCUCAGGGUAGAGGGCGAUCCAGAAUUUUACAAGCCUGGAAACAGUUACCGGGUGACGCUUUCUGCUGCCACUCCCGCUUACUUUCGAGGAUUCACAUUGAUCGCUCUCAAGGAGGGAAAAGAAGGUGACAAAGAAGAAGAUCACGCAGGAGCUUUUCAGAUCAUAGAUGAAGAAGAAACACAGUUCAUGAGUAAUUGUCCUGUUGCUGUCACUGAGAGCACACCCAGAAGACGGACACGCAUUCAAGUGUUUUGGACGGCUCCUCCUACUGGUACAGGUUGUGUAAUUCUGAAAGCCAGUAUUGUGCAGAAGCGCAUAAUUUAUUUUCAAGAUGAGGGUUCUCUCACCAAAAAAAUUUGUGAACAAGACUCAGCCUCAGAAGGUGUGACUGACAAACCAAUUUUAGAUUGUUGUGCCUGUGGAACUGCCAAAUACAGGCUAACUUUUUAUGGAAACUGGUCAGAAAAGACACAUCCCAAAGAUUUUCCACGGCGCACCAACCAUUGGUCUGCGAUCAUUGGUAGUUCUCACUCAAAGAACUACAUCCUUUGGGAGUACGGAGGGUAUGCCAGUGAAGGUGUCAAACAAGUUGCAGAGUUGGGGUCCCCAGUAAAGAUGGAAGAAGAAAUUCGACAGCAGAGUGAUGAGGUUUUAACAGUCAUCAAGGCGAAAGCGCAGUGGCCUGCCUGGCAACCUCUGAAUGUGAGAGCUGCUCCCUCUGCUGAGUUUUCUGUCGAUCGGCACCGGCACCUGAUGUCCUUCCUCACCAUGCUGGGUCCCAGCCCGGACUGGAACGUGGGUCUGUCUGCUGAAGACCUCUGCACCAAGGACUGCGGCUGGGUUCAGAGAGUUGUCCAGGAUUUAAUACCCUGGGAUGCUGGCACAGACAGUGGUGUUACCUAUGAGUCUCCUAACAAACCUACAGUGCCUCAAGAGAAGAUCAGGCCACUUACAAGCUUAGAUCAUCCUCAAAGUCCAUUUUAUGAUCCAGAAGGAGGAUCUAUCAAGCUGGUAGCCAGAGUUGUCAUUGAAAGAAUUGCACGCAAGGGGGAGCAAUGCAAUAUUGUACCUGACAACAUAGAUGAUAUUGUGGCAGAUCUGGCACCAGAGGAAAAAGAAGAAGAUGAUACCCCUGAGACCUGCAUAUAUUCAAACUGGUCACCAUGGUCAGCCUGCAGCUCUUCUACCUGUGAAAAGGGCAAGAGGAUGAGGCAGAGGAUGCUUAAAGCUCAGCUGGACCUCAGUGUGCCCUGCCCAGAUACCCAAGAUUUUCAGCCUUGCAUGGGUCCAGGCUGCAGUGAUGAAGAUGGUUCCACUUGCAUGAUGUCUGACUGGAUUACAUGGUCCCCCUGUAGUGUUUCCUGUGGAAUGGGAACGCGAUCUAGAGAGAGAUACGUAAAACAGUUCCCUGAAGAUGGCUCUAUGUGCAAAGUGCCCACUGAAGAGACUGAGAAAUGUGUUGUAAAUGAGGAGUGUUCCCCUAGCAGCUGCCUCGUCACUGAAUGGGGAGAGUGGGACGAAUGCAGUGCUAGCUGCGGCAUGGGCAUGAAGAGACGGCACAGAAUGAUCAAAAUGACUCCUGCUGAUGGAUCCAUGUGCAAGGCAGAAACUACAGAGGCAGAGAAAUGCAUGAUGCCCGAGUGCCAUACCAUCCCCUGUUUACUCUCUCCCUGGUCUGAAUGGAGUGACUGCAGUGUAACAUGUGGGAAGGGAAUGCGAACCCGGCAAAGGAUUCUGAAAUCUGCUGCUGAGCUUGGAGACUGCAAUGAGGAGCUGGAACAGGCAGAGAAAUGCAUGCUGCCCGAAUGCCCCAUCGACUGUGAAUUAACAGAGUGGUCCCAGUGGUCUGAAUGCAAUACCUCGUGUGGAAAGGGCCAUAUGAUCAGGACAAGAAUGAUUAAAAUAGAACCACAGUUUGGAGGAACAGCAUGCCCAGAAACCGUCCAGCGUACAAAGUGUCGACUAAGGAAAUGCCUGCGAGGCCCAGGUAUGGAAAAAAGGCGCUGGAAAGAGGCCCGGGAGAAAAGGAGAAGCGAACAAGCAAAAAAAAAUAUAGAUAGUGAGCAAUAUCCAGUUUGUAGGCUGAAACCAUGGACUGCUUGGACAGAAUGUUCUACAUUCUGUGGAGGGGGAAUUCAGGAACGCUACAUGAUGGUAAAGAAGAGGUCCAAAAGUACUCAGUUUACUAGUUGCAAAGACAAGAAGGAGCUAAGAGCAUGUAAUGUUCAUCCUUGUUAACAAAACACAAGGCUCCCAAGUGAUGCACUCCGAGCUAAAUGGAAAGUCAACCUUAGUUUGAUUUUUAAAACAAAAAAAUAUGUAAAGUGUAUAUCAGUUUUCAUUUUUGCAGUGUGGUUUGCUUUUUAGUCUUGCUGGUGCAAGAAAUGUAUUUUAUAAAUAUUUCCUCACAGAUUUAUGCUGAGAGUACAUCUUUGGUACUCCAGCCAGCCCUUAAUGCAUAAAAAUAGUACGUCAUUAUGAGUCAUUUAACUAAAAUACAGACAUAUCUGUGGACAUGGAAUAGCCAUAUAGAAAUAUUACUUGUAAAGACAUGGGAUGCAUGCAUAUUAACAUAACUAGGUUAAAGUAAGUGACAUGUUUCAUAUGUGGGAGGAUUUCUCUCUCAGUUUGAUUUUGAAAAUCCAAAGCAGUGCCUAUGUGAUACACAACUAUGCCAAGGAGUCAUUUCAGUAAUGCUGGUUCAAUAAUAUUAAAGGUGCAUGUUUAUCUUUUUACACUAUUGGGUUAAGCUGAUAGUUACAAUAAUUAUCCUACAAUGCUUUUCUUCACGUGGAUGCUAUGGUCCAUGCAAAAUGGUCUUUGUUUCUUUAAAACUUAAAAAGGAAAUAAUCUGUCAUCUCAAUAGAGAUGACUGCCUACUACAUAGUCACAAGUCAAAACAGCACACAAAGAAAAUGUAUGAAUGUCAUAAUAUAUAUUUAGAUACCAUGUUCUUAUAUUGGGCCUAUCAACUGCUUCACAAAAUGGAUACAGAAUUAAAAGAAAUUGGCACAAACACAGACAGUCACGCAGCUGUUUCAUGGAAAGGCUUCCACAUGAGAGACAAUAAAAAAUUAGAUUCAUUCUUGUGAGGAUGUUAAUCACUAAAGAAGAAAGAAAGAGGUUUAUAAUCUAAUAAAAAUAGUAGAGAAAAGGUGAGCUGGGUUCUCAUGCAUCCCUUCUAAGAAACAAAGGGAGCAUCUGAAAUGAAACAAUGACAGCCUCUGAAAAUAUUAAUUACAGAUUGACACAAAUGUAUUCACAGCAGUGUCAUUUAUGUGUUUUCACUCAGCGUAUAGGAAGAUAUAAAUUUACUAAAUUUGUGAGAAUUACUGAUUUGUAGAUAUACUAGCCCAGAUAAAUUACUUCCCUGACUACUUGAACGAUUAACCAAACUGCCUGAGAUUAGAAAAUAGCUCCUCAGCAUUCUAAUUGCUUUUGCUAUUUCACAUCAUCUUCAGCUCUCAUCCCUGUGCAUAAUCAGGUGUAGGACCAUCACCACCUCGGGCUUCACAUGCUAUUGGAAUAUAAUACUGUCCUGUACAAGUUAACAUUAAAGAUGAGAGAUGAACGGAAUGUGUUAUCUUUUGGUUCAGGAAAGGCAGCAUACACCUAUGUCUCUACAUAAGUAACAAUAAUGCUGACUCCUAAAACAAGCUUGAGAGAAAUGAGUGGACAAAAAUUUCUUUAAUAGUCUCUUUAAACCAGCUUUAGGUAAUUUAGUCUCUUCUUAGCCCUUGGUUACAAUCCUGCUAACCAGGUUUCAAGUGUCUGCACUUGAUGUGAACCACAACACGUUGAGGCUGUUCAGCUUCACCAUCACCACCGCGGGCAUCCUCUCAUUGCAACCUGUACCUGCACAGAGUGGGCUGGUUACAUGACACUGUAGGGCUUUCCAUCAUCAUUUCUCCACUGAACACUGCGAGAGCUGCUCUGGACUUCCACAGCUCUCACAUCCUACCCCCCCAAGGUAUUUUACAGCUUUUUUUUUAGACCUGGAAUGAAAGGAAGCCCAGGGAAAUAAUGGAACCAACCACAGUGUUCAGCCUGUCUUGCUGCUGCUAAGUGAAAUGGGUGCAAACACAUGGUGAACCAAACCAGGAGAAAAAAAAAAAAAUGCAACAAGGUUUAACGCUAAAACCAAACACUUUACAUUUUGCACAGCUUGGCUUAUUUAAAAAUAUUAAUUCAGAUAGUUUGCCUUCCUGUGCCUGUUGAAAACUUCUGCAGUUUAUGUCUCUAUAACACUGUCACUACAGUGUAGCAGCAAGACAGUCUCAAAGUGAUAUGUGUAUGACCUUACCUUGCACGUUAAUCAUUACAACCAAAAUAACCCCAAACCCAACAACACAAUUAAAAAAAAAAAACAGCAGUGGAAUGGCACAGAUACUGAAGGCGUGACCAUUUGAGCAUAUUUCAGGUGGAGAAACAGAUGUGAUGCUAUGGCUGCAGAGAAGGGCUACAGCAACUGAUGCUGGAUGCUCAGCCGCUCACCACCUACCUUUGAGCUGCUCUUGCUGAGCCUGACAGAGGCUAUUCCAGCUGAGCAUUCAAAAAAUAACCUUGAACUGUGACAGAGGGGGUUCUGUAGGCUUGGAUCUGUGAGAUCUUGGGACAUAAGGAGCACAAGAAGAAAGUUUCUCCUGAAAAGAGAAAAAUUAUUAUAUGAGUUUAUGGACUAUAUUUUAUCUCAUCAGCCCUUACCACUUGUUCAAGCUAAUCUUGCAAAACUGUGCCUGUUUCUGCAAAUAAUCCAUUAAAACCAAUGUUGAGUUGUUAUUUUCAUUUUAAUGCUUAUUCCAGUUCAGCAAGCUGUUUUGUCUUUUAAUUACUCCGGUUGCCAAAGGCUACUUAGUCAAAAUACACCUUUAAGUAUGUGGGAAAUACAUACCAUCUUUCUUAAUGUGCCCACAAAAUUGACCAUUGAAAUAAUCUGGCAUUCCUUUUACUGUGGUUCUUACUAAUUUGAUUCUCCAUAUACAUUUCUUUUGUCUUAGGAGGCUGUUCAGUGUGACUUCCAGCCAUUUCUCUUAGGCUCAUUAAAGUUAUGAAUGUUGGAAUUUUUUUUCCCCCACCACAUUAAUACAUAUGGUGACAAGAUAGAUUGCACUUGGUCAGAAAUACGUGAUCGUUCCUGCUUAGGUUCAGCUUUUCACACUGUUUUUCUGUUGAAACACUUUACAAGUCACUUGUCUUUCUUCUAACUUGAUACAAAAGAAAUAUUUAAACUUGUUACAUUUUGUAAAAAAAAAAAAAAACAAACACAAAAACAAGUGAAGAAAAAAAUAAGAGGUUGAUUUUCUAUUCAGAAAAAAAAAAGCUCUGAUAUAAAAUAUGUAGAAGUAUUGCAUUGUUACUGUAAACUUUCUAGUAGUGUAAUAGCCACUGAUUAUCAGUCAAUAAAAAUGAGAACUGUUAUCUCCUGAAUAAUACUGCUGAACUGAAAGCACAGAUAUCACUCCAGUUUUGUAGACCUCAGUUAUCAGAUUUUAGCAUUGUGUCUAUGGGUUUUUUUCUAACAUAAAAACUGUAGAAGCUUUACACAUAAUAAUAAUAAUAAUAAUAAUAAUAAUAAUAAUAAUAAUAAAAAGUUAGGGGCUUAACAAAUGUACAGUAGAACUCUGUGUGUGCAGCAAUCAAUUUCAACAAAAUUUUGUUUGGUUGUGUUUUUAGAUUUCCUUCAUUGUUUUUGUUUGCUGUGGAAUUAUGAAAAAGCUACCAUGAAUAUUUCUUACCAAAGUCUCGUGUAGAUGUUUUGUAGCUGUCUGGCUAACACAUUAUUAUUAUUUUGGAAUAAAGACAUCUUUACUAUGAA